AUGGAUUUGAAGCUGGAUUUUGUCCCUCCAUCUCUCAUAAACUUUAUCUCAAGGCAGCUCAUCGGCAAUGGUUUCAGACUUUAUCAAAAGGCAGUGGCUUCUGUGUCUAACUAUGAUGAAGAUUACAGUAAGGCUUUGGAAGAUCCAAUGUAUGCUCGAAUACGUGAGGCUCUUUAUUCUACUGAAAACGCAUAUGAGGCUGUGGAAGGAGAAGAGCCUAACUCUGAUGCUUGCCUUCUACUACAACAAAAGCAUUCUACUGAAGAUAUGCAAGAAAACUUGGGAGAUGUUGAACUGAAAAUUCAUGGAGAUGAUGAUGCAAGCGAAGCUUUUCCAGAGAAUGCACAAGUUGUGGUAAACAAAUCCUUUGUUGAGAUCGAGGAAGAAAAUAAUCAAGAAAGCAGACACUUUAAAGAUGAAAAGUUGGGAGAUAUGGAACUGAAUAUUCAUGUUGAUGAUGAUGCUAGUGAAGCUUUUCCAGAUAAUGCACCAGUUAUGAACAGCAAAUCCUUUAGCGAGAUCAAGGAAGAAAAUAAUCCAGAAAGCAGACUCUUGAAGGAUGGAAUGGAACAGAGAGUUAAUUGCAAUGAUCAUGGAAGUGAAAGUUUGCAAAACAUUGCACUGGCUACUUCUGUUGAGAUUGAGGAAGAAGAAAGUGAAGAUAGCAGACAAUUAAUGGGGGAUUGCAGAGUUAUACAUCAACCUUCAAGCAAUAAAAUUGCUCUAAAGAGUCCUGAAAACUGUACAAGGAAUAUACGUAUCAGUUCUGAUGUAGGGAGAGCUUUAGAAACUCUAGAGAAGGCCAUUUCUGUGGUCCGGGAACAUGGUAAUUCUUUAACUGUGUCUUCCUCUAGCAAAACAAAUGAAGAAACUCCAAACCUUGAAAAGGAUACAGAAAAUGAUCCCACUCAUUUAGAAGACAAUGGAGUCUGUUCAAAUGCUGAGGUCUCUGCUGAAGUGUCUGAUAAAGGAAAACUUGUAGGGAGGAGUUCCCAUGAAUCCAGGAAUAGCUUCAGCAACUGUGAAAUCAGGCGUGCAGGCUCAAGGGAAACAAGCCAUAACAAGAUAACACCGGCAUCACCAGAUCAAUACAUUUCAAUUCCUAGUGAGACUAACCAAGUUGCUUUAUAUUCUUCUGAAAAUAAGAAAGAUGGAACAGCAGAGGUACCAACUCUGGACCUAAGCAUGCAACGCAACAAGCAAUUGAUCCUUGAGGUAAAUGGCAUCCAUGAAAAUGUUUUUGAUGAAGAGAAGAAUACAGGGCAGAAAUAUUACAGGGGUAAAAUGCACCUAUAG